GAAAUGUGAAGAUGAGAGAUGUUGUUGUACUCUGUGCUGAGUGAUAUGAGUGAUAUGAGACUAAACCUAGAAACCUGGAGAAACAGUCUUUUUGUUUGAGCUUUUUUUUCGCUAAUGUUACUUACUUUCUCCGUGAGUGUCUCUUGCCCUUUCUCUGUGUCCACAUCAUCAUCAUCAUUAUUUUUCCCAUUUUCAUCAUCACUUUAUUCAUACCCAAUACACACUACCAUCAACGCCACUGACAUCAUCUCACCAGAAUCACACUAACAACCAUCAACAUCACUUGCUCUCGAAGUUGAUGUUAAAAUAUUUAACUGUUUUAAACCUUAUUGCUUGACCAUCUUUUAAUGCACUUUAAAUUGCAUUGUCCAAUUGAUAUUUUAUUUUUGUUUCACAUUCAACCCUUGUCAUCUCAUCUUUGCUAAGGCAAUCAAACAAUUAACACUUAUAUUUAUACCCAAAAUAUAUAUAUUUCACUUAUAUUUAUAUUCAAUGUUUUAUUAUCAAUGUUAAUAUAAAUAUUAUUAUUACAAUGAACAUAAAUUGACAAAGUAUAAACAUUUACUUUUGCUGUGUGUCGAGGUUUAAGUUUACAUCGUCAAGUUUCGUCUAUUUUCAACUGUUAACUUCAUCCAUUCUCACCGAAACCACCUUCAGCAAAUAAUCAUUCAAUUGUUUGCUUCAACUGAUUAUUGUGCUGUUCAAUUACUCCGUGGCCUUGCAAAGUAUAUUUAUAUUUAUACAUCGCAAUCAACGGAAAUCAUUGACAAAAUAUCAAAGAGUUGUCAACUGAAAAACUCAAAGUCAACCAUUUUUAGUUUGAUUUUGGAUAAAAAAGACUCGGAAAUAUCACAUUGAUUGCAAGACUGAUUGAACAAGUCAAAACUGGAUCCGUUAGUGUUUCUGUGGUUAAGCCAGUCCCGGGCUGAUCGGGUAGUCGAGGAGUUUCUUGAUGGCUCCUUAUCGUCCAACAAUUUAUCGCCCAACUCUAGCGAUCUUGGAAAUGGGUUGAAAAAAGUUCGUCCAACUUUUCCAGAUGAUUUUAUGACCGAUGAUUCUUUAAGUAAAUUAGGUCCAUGUAAUAUACCAAGGAUAAAAAGGGAAGCUGAAUCUUCAUCAACCAACCGUCAUUCACCUUUAAUUCAUUUAAACAACAACAACAACAAUAACAAUAACAAUCUUAACCACACUACUCACAUAAUCAACAACAACAACAACAACAACACUACAAUGAUUAUCAACAACAACAGUACAUCGUGUUCAUUGCAACCCAUUGUUCGUAAACGUUCAGCACUUCAAGUUGCACCCGGUUCAAUUGGAACUAUUGAAAGCUCUCCGGAAGUCAGUUCCAGUCAAACUGGAACUGGUAUCUCACCUGUGCCCAGUCUCAAUUCAUCUGAAAUUGGUGAAGUUGAUCUUGACUUUUGGGAUCUCGAUAUAAAUGAAAGCUCUUCGAUCUCCCACUCUUCAGGUAAAGAAGAUAUGAGCCCGCCAAACAGUGUUAAUGGUUACAACAGUGCAGAUAGCUUUGGCGAUCCUAAGAAAAAGAAAGGUCCAGCUCCAAGACAGCAAGAAGAGCUUUGCCUUGUCUGUGGUGAUAGAGCCUCUGGUUACCAUUAUAAUGCCCUUACCUGUGAAGGAUGUAAAGGAUUUUUCCGUCGAAGUAUAACAAAAAAUGCGGUUUAUCAGUGCAAAUAUGGAAACAAUUGUGACAUUGAUAUGUACAUGAGGCGUAAAUGUCAAGAAUGUCGAUUAAAGAAAUGCCUGAAUGUUGGCAUGAGGCCUGAAUGUGUUGUCCCGGAGUACCAAUGUGCCAUCAAACGGGAAUCCAAAAGAGCCCAAAAGGAGAAAGAUAAGCCUAAUAGUACUACAAAAGACGCCUCACCAGACAAGGAGGAUAAAACUCUGGUUUUAGGUACCAAAACACCGACCACAACGCCGACUUUACCAUCAAAUGGUAUUAAACCUUUGUCACCUCAGCAAGAGGAUAUAAUUAAACAACUAGUCUAUUAUCAAGACUUACAUGAGUCUCCCUCAGAGACUGAUGUUAAACGUGUAACGCCUUUCCCUGUAGGUGAAACUGAAGACGACAAUAUGAGAAGGUUUCAACAUAUAGCUGAGAUGACAAUUUUAACGGUCCAAUUGAUUGUCGAGUUUUCCAAAAGGGUUCCAGGUUUCGAUACAUUGUUAAGGGAAGAUCAAAUUACUUUACUGAAAUCUUGCUCAAGUGAAGUUAUGAUGUUAAGAUGCUCUCGUAAAUAUGACCUAAAGACCGAUUCGAUUGUGUACGCAAACAAUCAACCUUAUACACGACAAAACUACCAAAGUGCAGGUGUAGGUCCCGAAAUUGAGCCAACAUUUAGAUUUUGUCGACAUAUGUGUCAACUAAAGGUUGACAAUGCCGAGUACGCACUUCUCACUGCCAUAGUGAUUUUCAGUGAGAGGCCACAGUUAAUUGAACCGAAAAAAGUGGAAAAGAUUCAAGAAUUUUAUAUCGACACUCUAAAAAGUUACAUUGAAAAUCACAGGCCUCCAGCGAGGUGCUAUUUCGCCAAAUUGUUGGCAAUUUUAACAGAACUUCGGACUCUUGGUAACCUUAAUUCUGAACUGUGCUUCUCACUUAAAGUCCAAAACAAGAAGCUACCUCCUUUCCUUGCCGAGAUUUGGGAUAUUCAAGAGUGAAACCACCAUUAGUAUUGAUAAUGAAAUUAUUUUAUUUGCUAUUGAUGCUGAUGACAACAAUUUUCAUCGUUUUUUUCUCUCUCUCUCUCUCUUUCUCAUCCUCUUUCCUCACCUUUUCAUUGAAAAAUCAUCAUGAAUCAAAAUUUGAAUCUACAGCUUGGUCUUUCUGAUAUUCAUUUUUGUCAUCAUUUAUAAAAUGAAAAAAUUACUAUUAUAACCAAAAGGGUUAUUUCAAUGUGAAUUUAGCGGCGACAAAAAAUGACAUCUUGUUUUUAAAAAACACUUAUAUAUACACACACACACACCUUAUACAUACAUUUUCAAUGUCAUCAAUUACACGAAUUACAUACAGAUAAAGCAAAAUGACUUGAAGUUGAUUUUUUAGUUUUUAUUUAACUUGUUCAUUCUACUUCUUUUCACUACUUCUUCAACUCUUUCCUCUCUCUCUUUCCUCUCCUCUUUACCCAUUUUCCCAACUUAACCCCUUACCUAGCCUGGUCAAUGAAUUGAAAAACAUUGGCGUUAUGACAGGUUAAAAAGACGCCUGUUUUCACCAUCAAUUCAUUGUUACAGGUUUAACAAUUGAUACAAAUUGAUUAUCAUGAAACAAACAUCCAUUGAAAACAUUAGUUGCUUCAAAGCAUCUUUCAAUCUCUUUUUUUGUUCUCGCUCUUCUCAUCAUCUUUUGCCUUUGCCGAAUUCACAUGGAAAUAAACUCAUCGAAAUCAAGUGCAACUAGACGAAUAUCAUCUUUGAAAUUUAUUAAAGAAAAACAAAAGAAAACAAUUAACUAAAAAACAAAGCUGUAAUAUGUCAACCUCCCAAUACAAAUCAACAAAAAAAACACCCAUUAACUUGACCAUCAUCUCGCUUUUUUCAUCUCACCUCACCAGUAUAAGCAUAUAUAUACAUUGACACAUCCAUUAAAAACAACCAUCACAACCACGAAGUACAUUAUAUCAUUUGAAAAAAGCAACUCCUUACUUCUCGAAACAAUUUGUUAAAUCUUUUUUCUCGCCUUUUCGCUCUGAUCAUCUUCAUUUUUCCUCCGCUAAAACCAUCAACUAUGAAAAUGAAAAUGCAACCUCGUUUCCUCUUUUUUUUCUUUAUGCUCUCUCUCUGUCUCCUUAUAUUUAAAUCAAUGGAAGAAUUUUGGAGAAGAAACUUUUUUUUGUGGAUGAAUGAUAUACGGAUAUGUAUUGAUGAGUAUUUUUCUCAAGUUAUGAGGUUGAAAAAAAAUACAUAAUAAAAGUUAUGAGACACAAUA